GUCGGCCGCAGUUGCUGGAUCGUUGGAGUGCCACCCGGCUUGCUCAUAGUAUUUCUUGCGGUUGAAUCAUUUAGUGUGCGGAUUUGCUUUUAGUGUUGCUGCCAUUGUGUCAAAGAUUCGGGAAGAUCCGAUCGUUGGGAUGUCAAGCGGCGGCGUGGCCAUGCCCGCGCCGAGCUACCUUCAGCAGGACCUGCGCUCGCGCACGGACGCCGCCCUUCAGGUGCAGCGAACGUGGAGCCUUGGCCGCGUGGAGCCCAUCACGGUUCACUUUGGCCCGGGCUUCCUUGGCCUUGGCUUCGGGCUCUCGACCGAUGUGACCUACUCGGCGCGCAUUCAAGACCUACCAACGCUGCCCGACGGGACGGCAGGCGCCGCAGCGCUUUACAAUGCGUCGACGAUCGAGGCGGCCAAGCGAUUAGUGCCGGGACUGCUUCUGACGCACAUCAACGACGCCGACAUGUCGAACCUCGCCUAUGUCGACACGCUUGAACGCAUUCAAGCGGUUGGCCGGCCCGUAAAGCUUCGCUUUGCCGCGCCAAAGCUCCGUGCGGCCGCGAGCGAGGUCGAAGUAUCCCAAGACGGCAGCAAUGCAGUCGCCCUCCGCGCGUUUGAAGCCGUGCAGCAGGGCCAUUUUCUCGUACUCCUCGAGCUCUGGCCGGCCAUCGACAUGCAGUCGCGCCACCCGAGCGACAUGCGGUCGCUCCUGCACGUUGCAGCACGCUACAAGAACGAUGCGGUCGUUGCCUGGCUCCUCGAGCAGCCCCAUGGCGCUGACCUCGCGCGAGCCCGGAACGCCCAAGGCCGCUUGCCGCUUCACGAUGCCAUGUCGGGUGGCGUCCUCAGCAUCUGCGAGCGCUUGCUCGCGACGUACCCGGACGCGCUCACGAUCGGCGACGACCGAGGCGUCUUGUGCGUGCACCUGGCGGCAGGCAACGGACACGUGCAUCUGUUCCCAUGGCUGGUGCGUCACGACGCGCCCUUGCACAGCACGAGCGUGGACGGCAAGACAGCGCUGCACUACGCGUGCGCGCAAGGCCACCUCGAAGUGGUCAUUUUCCUCCUCAAACACGGCGGCAGCGUCAGCGCCGUCGACAUUCACCAGUGCAACUGCCUCCACUACACGGCGCUGCACGGCCACCUCGACCUCGCGCAGUGGCUCGUGUUCCAGACGCCGAUCCCGCUCACACAGCGCAACGCCAAACGCCUUUUGCCCUGCGACAUGGUGCCUGCGGGCAACGACGAGCUCAAGGAGUUUCUCGAGCUCGUGAGCGCCGAGCCGUUGCCACCCUGCGGGCUGCACGCCGCCGACGUGCAGGCGACGCUGGUGCGCCUCGCGUGGUCCGUCGACGCCGUCCCCUUGGAGUUUCGGUGCACCGAGGUGGCGACGCUCGAGCUCGAGUAUGGCCGCGCGUACAUUGGUGGGUGGGAGCCCUACCCCGUGCGCUUGGAUGCGACGGCCACGAGCUGUGUCGUGCCAGAACUGCAGCCAAACACCGAGUACAGCUUUCGACUGCGGGCGUGGAACGAGAACGGGUCGUCCUCGUUUGUGAAAAUAACAGCGCGAACUCUGCCAGCGACGUCGGCGGAUUCGUUGACGGUCGUCCGUCUCGUCGGUGCCGAGGCCCGGCACUUGCCGCUCACACACGCCAGCCACCGGUUCUACAUGACGCUGUGCGCCUCGCCAGGACAUUGUGUGCGCAGUGGCUUUGGACGCCUCCAACCAGCGUUCGGCCACGACGUCGACGCCUACCGCCAUCCGCAGUGGUCAUUGUCGCUGCCCGUCGUCGUCUCAGAGCCAACCGAGCUGCGUGUUGCUGUCUACGGUGUGGCCGACGAUGGACCGUACCUCGUGGGCCGCGCGACGGCGGCGCUGCAGCGAGAGAUGCCGCGCAGUGUAUGGCGCCGCCUCGACAACGACGCCAACGAAGGCACUGUGGCGCUGCUCUUUGACACGACAGACGACGCCGGAGACGCGGUCGACCAAUACGGCUUUGUGGUGCCGCCAGUCCAUGUACGGGCGUACCGGUACGCAUCAGCGCUGGCCGACUGCACAGAGAUCUACCGGCAAGCCGCGUGGGCGACGACCGCGAAUGUGGAUGGUCAUGGAGCGUGGCAUGACAUCUCGCACGUCGAUGACCCCACGGCGCUCGAGGCGUUGGCGUGGUCGGGUGUGCCCCGGGAUCUGCGCCGACAUGUCUACUUUAUCGGAGGCCGCGCGGCGACCAUGCAAGCGGCCGCUGGCGCGGGCUACUACGCGCAGCUCGUCGCCGUUGACAAGAAUACGAUCCGAGACCACCACCUCAUUGCCUCGGACGUCCAGCGGACGUUUGCAGAUCAGCCAAGAAUGCAGUCCGUGCGACCACGGCUCGAGCGACUCCUUCUCGCCUUUGUCGCGCAUGCGCCGUCGUUGGGCUACUGCCAGAGCAUGAAUUACCUUGGCGCGCGGCUCUUGACGCUGUACGCGAACGAGUCGGAGGACGACGAGCGUGCGUUUUGGGUGUUUGCGUCGCUGUGCCAUGAGAAGUUCCCCACGUACUACAACGCCGGGCUGGACGGCCUCCACACGGACGGCGCGGUGCUGGAGCGGCUCUUGCGGUCGCGCCUCCCGCGGCUCAGCGCCCACUGCCGGUCGCUCAAGACGCCGAUGCCUCUGCUCGCGGCCCAGUGGUUCCUCCCGCUAUUUUGCCAGACGCUGCCAACCGAGACGACGUACCGACUCCUCGACGUCAUCGUGCUGCAGCGGUCGACGACCGUCGUCUUUGCACUCGUCUUGGCCCACCUCCGGCUCGCAGCGCCACGUCUCCUCGCGACGCACGACUAUAUGGACUUCACCGCCGAAGUCCGCCACGUUGAAGCCGGUCUCUACGACGUGGACCCGCUGCUCGAGAUGGCAGCCAAAGAGCACUUUGGCCUCGGCGAUGACGCCACGUUGCUGCGCGCGAGCGAGGGGUAGCGCUCCUCGAUCUACUAUAGUCGAUAUAACGUGGUCGGACUUGGUUUGCGCAAGAAGAUUUCAACGCGUG